AUGGGUAACUUCAUGUGCGGACACAACGAGGCAUCAGGCGGAUUUUCCUUCUUCGAGGGCCUCACCUACAACUACAUUAAAAAAUCUAAUCAGCAGCCUCAAGGCUACAUCUCUAGUAAAGUUUACAAGACAAAAAGAUCCAUCUGCUCCCGAAUGGGUCGCAACACUAGGGACAAUAAAGAGCAAGGAGAGAGCAAAAAAGACACACUUUUGUCUCAGUUCUCAUGGAACAAGAUGAAGGAACGCUCUCAUUCGUUUACUGAGACUGGCAGAGACCAAAAUGGGUACAAAAAGGCGAUUCCUUUUUCAGAGUUAUGUCUGAAUGCCAACCAGGAAAUAUAAGGAUCUCAGUGCAAAUAGUGCUAGCGAAUUUAAAAACACAAAAUAAGAAUAAUUAAAAAUUAAGACAAACUAUUAAAUCAGUCUCUCGAUAUCCACUAAAUGAUCAGAUUUAAAAGCUUCAAAAUUCAAAGCACCCUGUCCUAAGACCUAAUGCCAAUAAGUCUUCUAGGCUAACGACUAAAAAUAAUAAAUAAUAAGUCUUAAUAAGAUCUGAUCAAUAGUUAUCAAGAAAAAGACUAUGAAAAUUUAUUACAAGAGGUAUAAUACACAUAAGAGUGCUAAGAUAGAGACCCUACCUUAGACUUAACUUUUAAGCCUCUUAAUCAAUCUACUCACAGUUCUGACUAGAAGUCUUUAAAGAUUGAUGCUGUAAGUUUCAUGGACAAAAUCGGGGCAUCGCUUCUCUAAACCCCAAAAAGGCCAACAAUGACCUUUGCUUGUGAUGAGUGUGAGAGUGAAACUUCAAAGCCAGUACAGAGAGCAAGGUCUAACUCACUUUGUCUUAUUUGCACUGACCAGCACAAACCAAUUAACCUUAUUGAAAAGCAGCAGAUGAUGUUUAAGGGGAUGCUAGGAUUGCAGAAAUCUCCCAGAAAGGGAACUGAGUUUAGCUGUCACCAACAACAGCAGGAUAAUAUACAUUAUGUUGAAUUUACCAAUGACUUGCAUAUCAUUAAUCAAAAGUUAGUCAACUUCGACAAGUACGAGUCAGCAGCUUCUGCUGAUUUCAACGAUGAUCUUGACUCUUACGAGGAGGAACUAUUUAUGGACAACUCUGACAUCCAAAUGAUUUAAACUUAAAAAUAAUAGCUGCAAAGCCAAGUGAUCUAGCAAGAGAUCGAGUAAUAAAAGCUUGGAGGAAAUAAUGGUGGAGGAGGCAUUCUUGGAGACUUUUCAUUGCUUCUUGAAAUUUAUUUCAAUGAUGACACUCAACCUGGUCUAGAGGGUUGUGGAACUGGUUUGAUUGCCGAUCUGGAUCAGAUUUAACCCACCUUAACUGACUGCAAAGUAGAGGACUUUGGCAUGGAAACUGUAAAAGAUAUGAACUGA